AUGAGAAAACGUCGAUUCCUUGAAACGAAAGAUGAUAGACGGAAACGAUUAGACAAAAUUAAAAUACAUGCUAAUAAGAAGAGAGAAAAUGAAACACUAGAGGAACGUAAAAAGAGAUUGUCGGCUAUGAGAGCUUAUGUAUCAAAAAGACUAAUGAACGAAAGUCAAGAAGAUCGUACUCACCGGCUCAGUUUGAUCCAUGAACGCUUAUCGAACGAAACCGAAGAAGCCCGUGCUCACCGGCUCAGUUUGAUCCAUGAGCGCUUAUCAAACGAGACUGAUGAAGCCCGUGCUCACCGACUCAGUUUGAUCCAUGAGCGCUUAUCAAACGAGACUGAAGAAGCCCGUGCUCACCGACUCAGUUUGAUCCAUGAGCGCUUAUCAAACGAGACCGAAGAAGCCCGUGCUCACCGACUCAAUUUGAUCCAUGAGCGCUUAUCAAACGAGACCGAAGAAGCCCGUGCUCACCGGCUCAGUUUGAUCCAUGAGCACUUAUCAAACGAGACCGAAGAAGCCCGUGCUCACCGACUCAAUUUGAUCCAUGAGCGCUUAUCAAACGAGACCGAAGAAGCCCGUGCUCACCGGCUCAGUUUGAUCCAUGAGCACUUAUCAAACGAGACCGAAGAAGCCCGUGCUCACCGACUCAAUUUGAUCCAUGAGCGCUUAUCAAACGAGACCGAAGAAGCCCGUGCUCACCGGCUCAGUUUGAUCCAUGAGCACUUAUCAAACGAGACCGAAGAAGCCCGUGCUCACCGACUCAAUUUGAUCCAUGAGCGCUUAUCAAACGAGACCGAAGAAGCCCGUGCUCACCGGCUCAGUUUGAUCCAUGAGCACUUAUCAAACGAGACCGAAGAAGCCCGUGCUCACCGACUCAAUUUGAUCCAUGAGCGCUUAUCAAACGAGACCGAAGAAGCCCGUGCUCACCGACUCAGUUUGAUCCAUGAGCGCUUAUCAAACGAAACCGAUGAAGCCCGUGCUCACCGACUCAGUUUGAUCCAUGAGCGCUUAUCAAACGAGACCGAAGAAGCCCGUGCUCACCGACUCAAUUUGAUCCAUGAGCGCUUAUCAAACGAGACCGAAGAAGCCCGUGCUCACCGACUCAGUUUGAUCCAUGAGCGCUUAUCAAACGAGACCGAAGAAGCCCGUGCUCACCGACUCAGUUUGAUCCAUGAGCGCUUAUCAAACGAGACCGAAGAAGCCCGUGCUCACCGACUCAGUUUGAUCCAUGAGCGCUUAUCAAACGAGACCGAAGAAGCCCGUGCUCACCGACUCAGUUUGAUCCAUGAGCGCUUAUCAAACGAGACCGAAGAAGCCCGUGCUCACCGACUCAGUUUGAUCCAUGAGCGCUUAUCAAACGAGACCGAAGAAGCCCGUGCUCACCGACUCAGUUUGAUCCAUGAGCGCUUAUCAAACGAGACCGAAGAAGCCCGUGCUCACCGACUCAGUUUGAUCCAUGAGCGCUUAUCAAACGAGACCGAAGAAGCCCGUGCUCACCGACUCAGUUUGAUCCAUGAGCGCUUAUCAAACGAGACCGAAGAAGCCCGUGCUCACCGACUCAGUUUGAUCCAUGAGCGCUUAUCAAACGAGACCGAAGAAGCCCGUGCUCACCGACUCAGUUUGAUCCAUGAGCGCUUAUCAAACGAGACCGAAGAAGCCCGUGCUCACCGACUCAGUUUGAUCCAUGAGCGCUUAUCAAACGAGACCGAAGAAGCCCGUGCUCACCGACUCAGUUUGAUCCAUGAGCGCUUAUCAAACGAGACCGAAGAAGCCCGUGCUCACCGACUCAGUUUGAUCCAUGAGCGCUUAUCAAACGAGACCGAAGAAGCCCGUGCUCACCGACUCAGUUUGAUCCAUGAGCGCUCAUCAAACGAGACCGAAGAAGCCCGUGCUCACCGACUCAAUUUGAUCCAUGAGCGCUUAUCAAACGAGACCGAAGAAGCCCGUGCUCACCGGCUCAGUUUGAUCCAUGAGCGCUCAUCAAACGAGACCGAAGAAGCCCGUGCUCACCGACUCAGUUUGAUCCAUGAGCGCUUAUCAAACGAGACCGAAGAAGCCCGUGCUCACCGACUCAGUUUGAUUCAAGAGCGACGAUCAAAUAAAUCUGCUACACAACAAUCUCAACGAUUAAGUUACUUACGUAACAGUUCCGCACUAAGGGUACUUAAUGAACUUCCAGAAGAAAGGGCCAGUCGAUUGACUGUUCUAAGACAAGUACCAAGUCGCUUGAGAAAUACUCGUAUAACCUUAGACGAACAGCUGCAGAAGGUAUGGUUAAUAAUUAUAAUGCAGAUUUGUUAG